GCGAGAGUCUGAAACGUUGAAAUGAGGGGUGCAUUGUUUAGCUGCAGUCAUAAUUGUCUGACAUUAUUUUUCGAAAUUUUUUUUUGUAAAUAAGUUUUUCAGAUAUCUGGCCGAGGAAUUCUCGAAAGUACACCCUCCAGUGAAGUGUGAUUAUAAAGCAAGCCCUCGGUGUCAAUGGUUGACAACAUGGCCGUGUUGAAUCAGCUGUUCCGUCUGCUACGAUGACGGAACGUUAUUUUCAUUAAUCUAACGUCUAGAUCUAUUUGUGGAUUUGCAUUUAAUGAAAGAGUUCGGAAUCAGUGGGUGAAUUUGAGAAUCAGCCGGUGUCUAAUAUCAGACAUACACGUUGAGUCUGAGACUCCAUGCAAAAGAUAGUGGGAAAAUACCAUUUUAAUCCUAUGUGUCACUGACAGGUGGUGUAAUGUCAAAUAGGCAGAGUUUCAUUGGUUAACUAUUCGUAGUCGGUAGUUAGAAAUCGUUGAUCAAUCAACUACCAAGUCGGCUGUGAUGAGCGACUCCGAACAACGGCAGUUACACGUGCCUUACCGAGAAUACCAAAGCAAGAACAACAUAAGUUCUAACCUUGUAGAGACCGACGCUUUGGUCGAUUUAUCUAUCACCCUCGAUACAGACGCACCAACCCCUGUCGUUGCACCAGAAUUGCUGCCUGACGUUGAAUUUAUCCCAGGAUUGAGCAACGAUCAAACUCCAAUCAUUGAUUCCCCAGGGACAGACAGGGAGAGCCAGCCUCUCCUCGGUCGGCUAGAGCUCGACGUCACCUUCAACCGUUUUCCAGAUGAUCCACAGUUUUCGGAACUUGUGUGGCAAGCUGAGUCUGCAAUAGAUAAUGGCAUCUUUCCUGAUCGAAUCUAUCAAGGGUCCAGUGGUAGUUACUUUGUCAAAAAUCCAGCAGGUAAAAUAAUUGGAGUAUUUAAACCAAAAGACGAAGAGCCUUAUGGAAGGUUAAAUCCUAAGUGGACAAAAUGGAUGCACAAAUUGUGCUGUCCUUGCUGUUUUGGGAGGAGCUGUUUGAUUCCCAAUCAAGGAUACUUGAGUGAAGCAGGAGCUAGUCUGGUUGACAGAAAAUUAGGCUUAGGUGUUGUACCUAAUACAAGAGUUGUCAAGUUGGUCAGCGAGACAUUUUAUUACCCUCGUAUAGACCGGCAAAAGGCGCGAAUGAAACGUGCAAUAAUGGAACAAUUCCCACUAGUUGGCUCUCAUUUUAAUCGCAUCGGACUACCCCCUAAAAUCGGUUCCUUUCAGUGGUUUGUAGAUGGAUACAAAGACGCAGAUUACUGGUUGCGUAGGUGGGAAAGUGAGCCUUUGCCUCCUCAUCUCGCGCGUCAAUUUCAACUCCAAUUUGAACGACUGGUUGUUCUGGAUUAUAUCAUCCGAAACACUGACAGAGGAAAUGACAAUUGGCUCAUAAAAUAUGAUGCUGGCGGAGGGAAAACUGGGGCGGAACCUAGCGAAGUUAAUAUCGCAGCUAUAGAUAACGGAUUGGCAUUUCCAUUCAAGCAUCCUGACUCUUGGCGAGCAUAUCCUUAUCAUUGGGCAUGGCUCAGUCAAGCAAAACAACCUUUCAGUGAAGCAACUCGGGAGUUGGUUCUUCCACAAUUAUCUGACCAAAAUUUCGUCCAGGAUCUUUGUGACGAUUUGUACCAAUUGUUCAAACAGCAGGACAAAGGCUUUGAUCGGCAUCAUUUUGACAAGCAAAUGAGUGUGAUGCGGGGUCAGAUUCUCAAUUUACAGCAGGCGCUCAAAGACUCCAAAAGUCCUGUACAGCUUGUUCAAAUGCCAGCAGUGAUUGUUGAAAAGGCUAAAGGAAAUAAUGGCGGGCCUCGAUUAUUUUCCUUUUCCGACACUUUCACGCAACGCUUCCAGAACAAGAGCCCUUUCUUUUCCUGGUGCUGAGUCAUCGUUUCUCGAUUUUCGAAUCGAUCUUACAAAACAGAACAGAAAACUAGACUCAUCAGGUAUAUAAAAAAGAAGCACCUCUCAUCCCCACCCAUUGGUUAAUUAAUUAAUAAUCAUCUAUACAAUAAUGUUAAUUACCGAUUACGUUUAUUAGAUAACAAUUUACUACUGAUUGUGAGACAUAAUUUCUGAUUGGGAUAAAAAUAUUAUUCAUAUUAUAACACAUACUACCGUGCUAAUACCGACCUUGGUUGAAUUGUUUCAAUUCAGAAAUCGGCUUUGGACAGAAAGAGAGGAAAUACAGCAAGGAGCAAAUCUUGGAAUUUAAUAAGACAUUUUUCUUAGCUGCAUAGUUGUACAAAAUUAGUUCGAAUCUUUGAUUUACUAGGUAUAUCUCCUCGCCUACUUAAUCUAAUCUAAUGCCGCGUUUGUACGCCACUUGAGACUGUGUCAACUGAAAAUUUUUCAGCCCAUACCUGUUACAGGUUCAGUUUUCAGCACACCCAUCUAUUAAUGACCAUUGCUGUGCAGAAUUGUUGUUGAAUGAUCCCAUAAACCAUACCUCGGUAUAUGAAAUAAAAUCAAAUAUCACGGAGAAAAGCUGCCAAAUAAUUACAUUGAAAGUAAAAUCCUAUAUAUUUUUAUAUCAAACCUUGAUUUGUUAUAUCACAGUUUUCCCACACGUUCGAGUGGUGUAUUCGAACUUGUGACUAUGCAAUAAUUACUCUUGUUUCUUUCAUGAUAAUGAUCGAUGAUUAAUUACAUCUUCGUCUGCCUUUUCACCUUGUUAUAUGCAAAUGAUUGUGCAGUAGGGAAGUGAUAUUUGUAACAAACUUGAUUGUGAGUCCAUUCGGCAGAAGACUCACUGCCAUGUAUCUGCUUGAACGAGCUCUCUGUAAUACUCUGAUUGUUAGCAGAUAUGGAUGCAUGAAUGAUUCGUAUGAAUAUUGAAUAGGAAAUAAAUUUUGCAUGUGAUAUCAAAAACUUCUAUAAUAAAAGAUACUGAUUUGAAAGUCUAUUUUAUAUUUCAUACACAUGCAUACUUAUCAUGUUUCUAUUCCUCUUCUGUUUUAUCAACGACUGAAACUUCAUAGUAAACAGCUCUACAAACGUAGUGUUAGGUGACAGCUUUUUGAAUACAUUCAACUUUUGAUAUAACACUGAUUUUUAUAAAAGUUAUUUCCUAUUCAGUACAUAUAUUCGGAAAAAGUCGAACCUGAAAGAGUCCGAUCAAAAUGGAGGUGGUAGAGCUGUGUCCAAAAAAAAGGGUGUACCAUACUCCUAUAAGGCCCACAAUUUGUCCGAGCAAUGUUAAAGUAAAAAUAUAGCUGUAUAAAUUAUAUUCAAUUGAUUUAAUUAAUUAGGAUCCUUCCGGAUACUAAUGAUUACUAAUAUCUACCCCGAUCAGCGUUACUGGUGAUUCUCUAGAUGUGAUGUAUACAGCAAAGCAUUAUCUGAAAAUUGCGAGCUAUUGAUUUGUCCCACCUAAUAUCUGUUUUUGAAAUAACUGUGAAACACAACAAUUCCAAAAGCGGUUAAUAGUGUAUCUGAAACUGUACUUCGUAUUCAUAUAAGUCUCAAGUGUAUGCUGCUGAUUGGCAUAAUUAUUUUUACUUUGGGAAUACUUAGCUUCAAAAGACAUGAUAAUUGUUUCUGAUAUAUGAAAAUAUCAUAAGGUCCGAUAAUCUUGAGAAAUAUAAAACUAUUUUAUGCAAGUUUUUUAACUGCUUGAUUGAAUUAAAUUCCUCAGCAGAUUAAUCAGAUCAAUCUACGAAUUCAGAUAGACGGUCAAUAAAUGGGAAUAAAUGGAGGUAUACAUCAACCACAGACAGUGCUGAAAAUUUGUAUAUAUUGCAAGAGAAAUAUCAAAUUUUUAGAAAUAAUAAAUUGUUAAAAUUUGUAAAAAAGAUAAAAAAAAUAAAAUAAAAAUGUCAUGUUACUGUUAUAAUUUAGGUAUCUACAUAAGCUACACGUCAGAUAGCAGAUUUGAUCUCUAUAAUCAGAUCUACUUUGGUUCAUUAAGAGGAAACAAUGAAAGAGUUUAAAUCUGUACAAAGAUUGCCGAUCCUAGAGCAUGUAAAUUCGACAGAGAAUGUCAAACAAUUUCCCGAUCUCAGUGUGUUGCAAAUAGACAUUGAAUGAGGUUUUGUUGUGUAUAAUCGGAUGAAAUAAAUUUUCUUCUCUAUA